AGCAUACCCAAACGAGCCUGGAAUCAUUCUCCCUUCUCCUUCGUCGCACCACUGUCCACCGUACCUCUACCUCUCCCCACUAUCCGAUCUUCUUCGUCGCAACGACCAACCCAUAUGCUGGAUGGAUCUGUAUUCCACGCUCAAUCCUGUCAGUCAUUCAGUUCAAGCUUCAGAUGGGAAACUUCUCGAAUUUCCCCUUCAUUGCUAAAGUCUCUGCGAUCUACUCUGAUCUCAACUUUGGGAGUUAGAAAUUCCCACCGGAGAGAGUUAUAAACUGAUAAUCUUCGUCGUCGAGGCAGGUCCAACACUGUGAAUACGGAAUAGUGAAUACUCAUUUUGCUUCAAUUUUGUCAUUUGCGAAUCGGAUGUGCCACCCCUAAGAGCAAGUCGCUGACCGCCAUAGACGCAAACAUAAGCUGUAUAUCGAGAAGGAAUUUGUCAUUUGCGAAUCGGAUGGGAAAAGGUAGCAGUGAAAAUGUAAGAGCGUCUUCUGUCAGGUGGGAAAUCCUUCGUCAAGCCCUUCUCCGUCGACGUUCUUCGAUACGGAAUCCCGAUGAUCGAUUCCCUGGUGCCAUCAGCCGCAUUUCCAGAAAGACCACUCAUGGCUUCAACUUGAUCCCCAGGCAACUGAUGGAAGCUGGAAGUGAUCAAGAUUCGAACUUUAGAGAUGCCCGCAUAUGCUACAUUCUACCCAUUGUUGGAGCGCCCAGUCUUUUGCUCACUCAACGAGUGGAACGUGUUGCUGACCUUGAAGACUUUGAGAUAUCCAAUAGAAACAAUGUUGACACAACUGGGCUUGUCUGCCAGUGGCCAUCAGAGGAUGUCCUUGCUCAUUUUUGCUUAUCCAAUCGAGAUAUGUUCAAGUUUGUCAGAUAACUCUUCUCUUUUGAUCUUUGGAUUAUGUUCAGCAAUCAAGUAUGAAGCUGCCCGUAAUGUCUUAACUCUUCCCCGUGACAUUUCUUCGUUUUACUGUUGUUCGAUGUUUCAGAUCUAAGAAAGUUAUUGAGCUUGGGGCAGGCUAUGGCCUAGCUGGUCUAGUUAUUGCAGCUAUUAGUGAUGCAUCUGAAGUUGUAAUCUCGGAUGGAAAUUCUCAAGUGGUUGAUUGUAUCCUUUUGGUUUGCUCACUUGGAAACAAUCAUGGUACUCCACAAAACAUCUAAUUGUGUUUGUGAACAUUAGGAACCCGAUAUUACUUUUUAACCAGAUUUACUUCAAUUUCUCCCUUUGUGGUUUGCUAUCAAGUCUAUUUGGAUGAUUUCAUGAACAAACUUCCAGUUUCUAAAACGUGGAACACCCAUGGUCAGGAUCUUCUGUUGCCAAUGGAUCCAUCAACUUCUUUAUACAUACUCUUUAAUUCUUCAAGUUGCAGUGCUUAACCUGCAGAUAUCCAGCGUAAUAUAGAGGCCAAUUCUGGAGCAUUUGGCGCCACAAAAGUUACCGCUAUGACAUUGCAUUGGGAUGAAGAAGCAGCAUCAAAUAUGUCCAAUGCCUUCGACGUCAUUGUUGCCAGUGACUGCACCUUUUUUAAGGACUUCCACAAAAGCCUCGCAACAACUGUCAGACUUCUGUUAAGAAAUGACACGUCCUCUAAAGCCAUAUUCUUCAGCCCUAAAAGAGGUGACUCGUUAGACAAAUUUCUGCAGAAAGUUGAAGAAACUGGCUUGAAUUUCUCUGUAACAGAGAACUAUGACACUGAAGUCUGGAAACGUCAUCAUGUGUUUGUGAAUAGGGAUGACUCAUGGCCGAGUUAUGACAAAGAUCACUGCUACCCGUUACUGGUCACAAUUACAUUAUGAGCUGCCAGAGCAGUUAUCCCUUUUAACCUUCUUUCAGAAACAGUUUUGAUUUCUGCUGCAAAUAUCCAUGUUAGAAGAGAAAAAACUUCAAAAUUCCUUAUGGACUAGUUGCUGCUGUGGUGCUACCUAUUAUUUGUAUAGAGAUUGCACUGCCCUAGUCUUUCUCUGUAUGGCUAGUAGGUCCCCUUGAUAACCACUUUCAUGUGGCAGCAAUUUGAAUAUGGCUAGCCAGAGAAUCACUAUGGUGAUGUUUUUUGUUAUUUGCUAUGAUUGGUUUUAAUUGAUUAUGAUUUCUUUUUGUGAACUGUUAGGUGAGGUGCACGACACAUUCUAGAUAGAAAGGAUUUCUUAUCUUUAAUUGA